GUGUGCGUCUGCUGUUCGGAGCUGCCACUGCCGAGAUCCCACCGCCGUCCUCGCGUGCCUGAAACGCCACUCGCUCUUUCCCAAGGCAGAAGUCUGCAUUGCCAAGAAUUUUCCGGAUUUCGACGGUCUCAAAGAGCAGCCAACCUAUGUUCGGGCAGUGAUGGCGGCCAUUGUACUCUUGGCUGGAGGUGUUUGCGAUGUUCAGGAGCUGGUGAACUGUCUCCGAAGACCCAGCGCCCCCAUGUCGCGGACGGACACCCUGGAGCUGUUGUAUUGUGCGGCCACCCUACUUUACGCCAUGCGAGAGAAUGAAGUCCAGAUCAGUAACAGGUAAGUUUG